AUGAAAACUGCUGAGGAAGAUUUGAACAAAUCAGAGGCGAGGAAACAUAAAGUAGAAGAACAAAAGGAAGAAAUAAAUGAAGAAAAAGUAAUUGAAAAAGAAGUGCCAAAAAAGGAAAAAGAAAUUAAAAAGGAAGGAUUUAUAUCAAAAGUUGGACGGUUAUUUUCUUUUGGUAAAAGUAAUGAAAAGAAGGAUAAUGAAAAACAGCAAAAGAAUGAAGUUGCUAUUAAUCUUCCAAAACUCUAUUUUGACCCAAAACAUGAAUGUAAAUGUUAUUUGUUUGUGGAAGGAGGGGAAAAGAAAAAGCCAAUUCCAGCCAAACUUGCAAUUGAAGACUUUUUAGAAAAUGAUAAUUAUGACCCAAUUUCAGCAGAUAAAAGUUGGGAAAUUUGCCAAGAAGUAAAAGAGAUUUCUCUUGAAGAAUUAGAAAAUUUGGGUAAUGGAAUUGAAGAAAGUACAAAGGAAAAAAGGAGAGAAAUGAUUCAGAAAAAGAGAGUAAACUUAAAAAGAUUGGAUUUUAUGUGUUCAAUUGUUGUGGAGAAAAGAAUGAAGAAAGUUGGUAAAUGGCUAGAAUGGAAUGCAAUAAUUUUACGUGAAUAUCAAAUACUUUCUACACAACAAAAAAGCUUAAAUAACAACAAAAUUGAAGAUAAAAAAGAAGAAAAUCGAAAACUCGAAGAUUUAGAAAAAUGCCAAAAAUUUAUCGAGUCAAUCCGUUCCCGAGAAAAAUAUGACUGGAAAAGUGAUAUACAACAACCAAUAAAAAAUUGGAGAAAAACUUUUGAUAAAAAUGGAUCGUGUGAUUCUGUAGCCAGAGAAAUGUUUUUAAAUGAAGGAAAUGAAGUUUGUGAUCAAACAAGUAUUUGGUUGAAAAAUAAUGAAUUUGAAAAGGGUGAAGAAUAUAUAGGAAAUUUGGAGAGAAAAUGUUCUGCAUUAAAAUUGUAUACACACAAUAUGCAUUGGAAUGAAGAAAAAGACUAUUACGAAAUGGACAAUGGAUCUAUUGCUGAUAAACAAUUAGAAUGGCUAUUGAAAGCACUUAAAAAGAUAAACAUGUUAACAGUUGUAAGUAACGAGGUGAAAAAUGGCCAAAAAUGUGAUGAAAUUUUGAUUGAAGCAAAGAAAAUAGAAACUGAAAAAAUUAAUGGUAAAUUAAUUUUUCUGUAA